UGUUGCCAUACUAAGGCAUAUCAUUGAGUCAUCUACUCUUACUCUACUCUAAAACGAGAAGUUUUUUGUGGGGGUUUUUUAGUCCAGUUUUUGCCUUUUUCACAUACCAUUUCCAAGUUUUUCGUUUUAAACGAAGAGAAUGGACAGAAACCAACUGCAGCGCCAGGUUGCCCUCAAGAGAAGCUUUCUCUUUGAGCAGUGUUACCUCGAUCCUCAGCAAUUCGUUCAGCUGGAGGAAUUGCAAGACGAUGCAAAUCCAAAUUUUGUGGAGGAAAUUGUGACUUUGUUCUACAAAGAUUCAGCUAGACUGUUUCAAAAGAUUGAGCAAGCACUGUACAGUAGGCCUAUAGAUUUUGCCAAGCUGGAUGAUUACAUGCACCAGUUCAAGGGUAGUACUUCAAGCAUUGGAGCUAUAAAAGUGAAGAAUGAAUGCUCCCAGUUUAAAGAAUUUUGUUUGGCUGCUAAUGCUGAUGGAUGCGUCAGGGCUUUGGAGAGAGUGAAACAAGAACACCAGACCUUGAGGAUUCACCUUGAAAAUUACUUUCAGUUGAGAAGGCAAGCAGGACUAGUACAGCGUGUCUAGUGCCACAGAAUUGCCUGAGAUGCCAAGUUGAUAAUAUGGAGAAAAGAGCUGUCAUCACCACCAUUUUAUCAUUUUCUGGUCCGAGGGUUUUACCUUUAAAAUAUCAAGUUAAGCCGGAGUAUUAUGCAGUUUUUCAAUUUUGGUUGGCCAUAGAAGUUAAGUUAUAUGUGUUUCAAUAAAUAUGGGUCUUAAUUAGCGUACCAAUAAUGCAGAUGUAGAUCUUCUAUGGUUUGCAUGCGACUCUAAAUUAUGUAUUAUCUUGGCCCUUUUAUGGGAUUAAUAAAUUUGCACUUCUGUUUUAUAUGUAUAUGCAAACACUCAUGACUUGAAGGGAGUGAUGAGUCUCAUUGGUGUAUGUGAUUUUUCAAUGUCUUAGUCAUUGUGGAGAAGUAAUAUUCCAAUGCCUUCUACUUAUCACGGUCACCAUCAUAGCAAAUAAUGUGCAUAUCAUGAAUACAAAGAUGCAUUAAUAUAUAUAUAUAUAUAUAUAUGUAUGUAUUAUACUUCAUAUGUAAAGUUCUUUUUUACACAAUAUUUGGUUCUCGAGAAAAUAUCACUUCUCAAUCUUCUUCAACUUUAAUUUUAUUUAAAAAAGUGAUUGAUUAUUUAGGAUGCAUAAUCAACAUUUAGGGCUUAAGUUUAAUACUUUUUAGUCUUAGUCUUCAAAUUGGUUAAUCAUUUAUGUUUUAACUUCUUCAUCGUAAACAUGACAAACUUAAUAUCUAACUUUCCUUUAAAACAUCAACCUUAUUAACACAAAAGAUGAAAGUUAAAUGAAAUUGAACAUAAGUGAAAUUUUAUUGACUCGUUCAUCCUUCUAAAAAAAAGAACGGAAAGUCCUGAACAAAGAAGAUUCUUUGCUGGAACAUAUAUAUGAGGGCAUCAUUUAUCAAGAGCAUUGGUUUGGUAUAUUGGAUGGUUUGUUGGAAUAGGAUUCUCUUACCUCCUCUCACAUUUUUUUAUUUUAUCUUUCUCUUGCUAUAAAAAAUUAAUAUAAGAUGUUGACGUAACUUAACCAUAACCGUUCAAAUAAAAAAAAAAAAAGAAAGAAAGAAA